UGAUGGCGCUGCUGUAGCCUGUUCCUCCACUUGACAGCUCGUGUUUUGCAAAAUAUUUAUUUCUGCAGAAAAAGCCACAGAUUUGGGGCUUUGACUGAUCUUCUGCGCGUCUGAGGAUCAGGAGGGACUGAUUGAAAGAUGGGGAACGCAAUUGGGUUGUACAUUACGAAGCCGGACACCACGCCGAAUCCCAACAAGGAGCCGAGCUUUGAUCCCAAUCUAGGAUUUUCCAACGGCAGGAAGGAACGAGUGAUGAUCGCCACUGAGGCUGAGAUGGAGUCGGCCAAGCUGCCGUUGGAUGGCCGUGAUUACUGCGCUCACAAGCUGCUCACGUACAGUCAAUGUCGCCGAGAAGAGUGGCCACUUGUGUACCGGUGCCACCAUGAGAGGCACGAUUAUUUCACAUGUCAAUAUGAGGAUUACAUCCUCCGAAUGAAGGAAUACGAGCGUGAGAAAAGACUCUUGGAGCGCAAGCAGAGGAUCGCGAAGAAGCAAGGCACAGAGUUCGCCUAAAGUGUAACAAAACUCUGGGAUUCAGUCAGCCAGCCAGAGUCGUUAAAUCUGCGUAGCUAAACUUGGAAACAUCUUGUAAAUAAACUAUUGAGGAGAA